UUUGCCCAAGCCAAGAGUCGCUAUAAGAAGACUUGGCACAGCAGUAGACCUUGCAUACUGAUCUCAUUGGAACGAUGGCAGAUGUGAAGCUGCAUGGUUUCUGGGCUAGCCCUUUUAGUUACAGAGUUAUAUGGGCUCUGAAACUAAAGGGCGUGGAGUUUGAGUAUAUUGAAGAAGACCUCGCCAAUAAAAGUGAACUGCUAUUGAAGUAUAACCCAGUUUACAAGCAAAUCCCUGUAUUCGUCCAUGGUGGCAAGCCAAUUGCGGAGUCUCUUCUUAUCCUUGAAUACAUCGAGGAAACAUGGCCGGAGAAUCCAUUGCUACCGACAGAUCCUUACGAGAGAGCCAUGGCUCGGUUUUGGAUUCAAUAUGGAGCUACCAAGAGUGCUGCCUUUGGUGCCCUUUUCCGAGCUAGUGGAGAAGAGCUAGAGAAGGCAGCGAAAGAAGUGGUGGAAGUGUUGAGAGUCUUACAAGAGCAAGGUCUCGGGGACAAGAAGUUUUUUGGCGGUGACAGCAUAAAUCUAGUUGACAUCUCAUAUGGACUAUUCGUUUAUUGGCUUGCAGCCAUUGAAGAUAUAGUGGGUGUGAAAGUUCUUGAACCAAGCACACUGCCUCGAUUGCAUGCUUGGGCCCAGAACUUCAUUGAAGUUCCUCUGAUUAAAGAAAACCAUCCCGACAAUGAUAAGUUGCUACUCCAUAUGAAAGGUGUCAGGGAGAAAAUGAUGAACAAGUAGCCUAUUUUAUGCUUUUGGAUGCGAAAUAUUCCAUGUAUGUCUCACCUUUUCGUUUCCAUGGAUGGUUUUUCUCUUGUAGUUGAGCUUGUUUUUCUACUGUAACACUCCAUAAUGGUCGAUGCAGAGCUAUUGCAUUAAAUUCCGGAUUGGUGUAUAAACACUAUUGUAUUUCUUUUA